AGUGCAGCCCGAGGAGUGUGCGAGGCAGGAGCCCAGAAGACUGCCAAUUAAACAAGACUAAAGAGAGCAUUAAGUCCCACGUGAACGCCACGAGCAGGACGCACUGCCACCUAUCACUCCAAGACUUUGAGAUUCUUCUUCUACUCUUGUUUUAUAUCUUAACCAAUUUACAAUGGACAUCACAGCUAAGAUGGAGAUCAAUGUUGGCCAGCAGCAGUUCAUGCCACCUGCCUGUUUCUUUGCGGCAGCAGCUCAGAGCAUCCAGCUCAGCCCAACCAGCAGCCAAGGCAGCGGCAAGUCAACAUCCAAGGUGAAGAGGCAGCGCUCAUCCUCUCCAGAGCUGCUGAGAUGCAAGCGGAGGCUGAACUUUGCCGGCUUUGGGUACAGCCUGCCGCAACAGCAACCGCACGCUGUGGCGAGAAGGAACGAGAGGGAGCGCAACAGAGUGAAGCUGGUCAACAACGGCUUCGCCACUCUGCGUGAACAUGUCCCCAAUGGCGCAGCCAACAAGAAGAUGAGCAAAGUGGAAACCCUGCGGUCGGCUGUGGAGUACAUACGCGCGCUCCAGCAGCUUCUGGACGAACAUGACGCCGUAAGUGCCGCGUUUCAGUCCGGGGUUCUAUCGCCCACCAUCUCUCAGAACUACUCCAACGACAUGAAUUCGAUGGCAGGCUCCCCAGUGUCCUCCUACUCCUCUGACGAGGGGUCCUACGACCCCCUGAGUCCCGAGGAACAAGAGCUACUAGACUUUACCAACUGGUUCUGAGCAUCUGCUUAGAUAUAUGGUUCAAAUCUAUGAUACUCCCAGUUCGCGCUUGGGAGAGUCCUUGCGGAGUUCACUUCCUUCACAAGAUGCACCGAGAUCUGGCCCGGUAUGGUGGCUCACGCGGUCCGGUUCACCUAGCAUUGGCCUUGCGCUACAAAUGCUUAUCUUG